GUGAUCCAGUGAUCUAGUUUUUACCCUUAUUCUUUAUCAUUGUCCCAAAAUAAUAGCCAAAUUAUAAAAGACUAAUCCUCUGUUCCUCUUUCUCCCCAGCUGUUUUAUUACAUCAUCCUAACUAUUGGUAAUCACACUCAACCACAAUUCUUUUUUGCUGAUUUUUUUUUUGCAAAGAUAAGAGUUUUAAACCUUCAGUAAGGAGGGUCAUGACCUCAGAAAAAGACAUGGCAUGGAAUGGAAGUAGACACGAUUUACUUGUCUCCUGGAGCCUGGAGGUCCAAACAUAUACGGCCCUUCCAAUGGAGAACGUGACAAUAUUGCCUCGGGAGAGCUCCUUAGCACCUCUGGACACAGAUGUUGACUCUGUUCAUCCUGUCUGGGCUGCUCUUGAUAUCCUGUGCGUGAUCAUCUUUGGAAUAACAUUCAUCAUGGGCACGGUUGGCAAUGCACUUGUCAUCUGGGUGGCUGGUUUUUGUAUGCCUUGUACUGUCAAUACUGUGUGGUUUGUGAACAUUGCUGUGGCUGACUUUGCUUUCUGCCUCUCUCUACCCCUCAACAUGACCUUUGUGAUUCUGCAUAGAAACUGGCCAUUUGGUCGGGUUCUCUGCAAACUCCAUGGUGCUAUGAAUAAUCUCAACUUCUUUGCCAGUGUCUUCCUAGUGUCCCUCUAUUCGGUGGACCGCUGUGUCACUGUACAUUGUCCCCUUUGGGCCAGAAAACACCGAAGGCCACAUCUGGCAGUCCUGGAGGCUUUGGGAGCCUGGAUCAUGGCCCUUGCCUUCUGUGGUUCCUCAUUAGUGAUCAAGGACACAAUCACAUACCAAGGUAUCACCUACUGCUAUAAUAAUUAUGAUAUCUGGAAUGAAACUCAUAGGAACCACAGCCUGUGGCAACAGAUCGCCAUCCCUCGGUAUCAUGCUCUUAUCAUCAUCCGUUCAGUAUGUGGCUUUGUGGGGCCAGCAGUUGUAAUUGGAGUCUGUUAUGGCCUGAUAAGUGCCAAGCUUUGGAAGAAGAAGCUUACAUCGUCUAGCCGGCCCUAUCGGGUCCUCAUGGCUGUGGUUGUUGCUUUCUUCCUCUGCUGGCUACCUUUCCAUAUGCUACAGUGGGCAGAAUUCAUUUCCUCUUUGAAGGACUAUAAGGCCCUCUACAACACUGUCCAACGGUUGGGCUCAAUAGCCACCUCUUUGGCCUUCUUGAAUAGCUGCCUCAAUCCAGUGCUUUAUGUUUUCAUUGGACAUGAUUUUCAUGAGCAGUUGCUCCACUCUCUGCCAGCUGCCCUGGAACGAGCCUUUUCUGAGGAGCCACGGACAAAGAACAAGGACAAAGGUCACAAGACAAUAAGAUAUCAACAAACACUGUCUCCACUUGCAGCUAAAUUUUCAAAGUUAUAGGAUUGCUAUUAAAAUGAUUUGUAGCAUGCAGCUCAUGCCUUUUAAGACUCAUUUUACACUGAUCGGAGCACUCUGUACCCUGGAGUAAAUUUCCCCUCUCUCUCUAAGUUGAUUCAUCUACAAAAAUAGGGGGUUAAAUUAGAUAGUUUCUAAGGUGCUUUUCAUUUUUGUACCCCAUGGUAUACUAAGCAUAUUAAGCUUAUAAGCAUAUUAAGGGGAGGAUCAUAGGAUCACAAAUGUAUAGCAGCAAGGGGCUUUAGAGAUCCUUAAAAGUCCAAGGAUGUUUAAUUUUAGGUUCAUGGACCCUUAAAUCUUUCAUGAUUUAAGGCUGUCUGUGAGCCUGGAUGGAGAAAAAUACUUCUUUAUUUUAAUCUAAUUGAUUUAUUUUGUAAUCAUAUGCAUUUUGUUUUAUGCAUUUAAGGACAUUAUUAUGUGAAAGGGUCCAUAAGUUUCACCAAAGCCUUUGGUCAACUUUUUCAUUUUAAAAUUUAUGAUAUUUAGUGAAUAAAAAGUUGAAAGUUGCUGAUUUAAAUGAAGUGACUUUCUCCUCAACUAAGUGCCCAACUCACUUGGGUGGAAGUGGCAAAGGUUAGUUUCAAACCAGGACUCUACAUUCUUCAAUCAAUGCUCUUUCCAUUCUACCCAACUUGAAAAUGAAUAUAUAUGAUAAAACCAGAUAGUUUAAGUUUAGUGGUACAAAGUGCUAGAGAUAUCAGAUUAGGGUAGGACCAUUGUGUGCUGGGUUACUCAGAAUUUUGUCCUAAAGAAUGGAUAGAAACUGGAGAGGUGAAGGAUAGAGGAGACAAUAAUAUAAAAGUCAUUUUGAUAAAAUAUUUUAAUGGAGGCAUAGAUAAUAUACUUGAAAAUUUUGGAAAAAGCACAAACUUGGGAAGGAUAUCAAAUACAUUAGGUGAUAAGAUCAGAAUCCAUAAAUAUUUCUACAGAGAUAUCUAAUGAGAUAUAAGAGGAGACCUUGAGAGAUUAAAUUUGCUGAGGCAAUUGGAGUUAUAUGACUUGCCCAGAGUCACACAGCUGGUAAAUGUUAAGUAUCUGA